AUGGCCCCAUGGGUGGGGGCUGCGGGGCUGCCUGCAGCUCUGCUCCUUCUCCAUGUCCCAGGCUGCCUGGCUCUGAGUGGCCCCAGCACAGUGACAGGCACUGUAGGGAGAUCUCUGAGUGUGCAGUGUCACUAUGAGGAGGAAUGCAAGAUGCUCAACAAAUACUGGUGCAGAAAACCUCGUCUUAGGCCAUGUACCAAGAUUGUGGAGACCUAAAAGUCAGAGAGAUAGAUGAGUGGGCGCGUGUCCAUCAGGGACCGUCCUGCCAACCUGACCUUCACCGUGACUGUGGGAGACCUCACCAUGGAGGACAAAGGCGAGUACUGGUGUGGGAUCGACACACCAUGGCUCAUAGGAACAGGAGCGCUCCAGUCUGAUUCUGUCAUCCUGACUGAGGUGACCGUGAGCCCAGGUCCGUCUCUACACAUCUCCCUUCCUGGUCAGUGGCUCUCCCGGUCAGGAUUCUCCCAUAGCCUGUGGCCUCCAGCCAAGCCUGUGUGCUGGUUCCUAAAUCGCUCUGGAUCAGACCCCCAGAGAGUAAACCCCACCCCGGCCCUGCAGGGGGGUGAGGAGGAAGCUCACUGUCUGUCACCCUGUCGUCCCCACAGGUCCCUGCUCAGCAACGUCCGCUUCCUGCUUCUGGUCUUCCUGAAGCUGCCCCUGCUCCUGAGCAUGCUCAGUGCUGUCCUCUGGGUGAACCGGCCUCAGAAGGGCUCUGGGGGGGACAGGGUCCACCUGAUAAGGAGAAGCAGUAGCCCCAGGUCCUUGUCAAAGCCAGUCCAUGGCAGAGCCCCUCAGUCCGGAUGCAAAUGA